GGUACGUCCCACAGCGCCUUUUGGUGGCUCCGGAGUCGGUAACUGGAGCACAACAUGCUGGAGAGCGCGUCGGCGUCGUCCCCCGCGAAGUUAACUUUUUAAGCAGCGCGGUCCACGAGGAGCUGCCGACGGUCGGAGAGAAGCGAGGCCACGAAGCCAGUCAUGGUGCGAGGUUAGCGGCAGAGCCGGAGGGAGCGUCCGCUAGAACGAGCCCGUUGAUCCAGAAGUGCGCGGAGCGGCGAGGGAACGGGAGCGCGAGCCCGGAGCAGCGAGCGAAGAGCGGCCACAGGAUGCGGCGAGCCGCGGCGCUGUGGGGCGUCCUCCUGGCGCUGCUGCUCCGCCACAGUGCAGGAGUCGAGGGCAGUGCUGAGUGUUCGUGCGGGAGGAACCACUUCACGUGUGCGGUCAGCGCCUUCGGGGAGUGUACCUGCAUCCCGGCCCAGUGGCAGUGUGACGGAGACAACGACUGUGGAGACCACAGCGACGAGGACGGAUGCAUGCUGCCCACCUGCUCUCCGUUGGACUUCCACUGUGACAACGGUAAAUGCAUCCGCCGCUCCUGGGUGUGCGACGGCGACAACGACUGCGAGGACGACUCGGACGAGCAGGACUGUCCUCCCAGGGAGUGUGAGGAGGACGAGUUCCACUGCCAGAACGGCUACUGCAUCCGCAGCCUGUGGCACUGCGACGGCGACAACGACUGCGGGGACAACAGCGAUGAGAACUGUGACAUGCGGAAAUGUUCGGACAAGGAGUUCCGCUGCACGGACGGCAGCUGCAUCGCUGAGCACUGGUUCUGUGAUGGAGACACUGACUGCAAGGACGGUUCAGACGAGGAAAACUGCCCUGCCGACGUGAUGACAGCUACCUGCAGCGUGGAGGAGUUCCAGUGCGCCUACGGCCGCUGCAUCCUGGACAUCUAUCACUGCGACGGAGACGACGACUGCGGGGACUGGUCCGACGAGUCCGACUGCUCCUCUCAUCAGCCCUGCAGAUCAGUUGAGUUCAUGUGCAGCAGCGGCAUGUGCAUCAACGCCAGCUGGAGGUGCGACGGCGAGUUCGACUGCGACGACCAAUCGGAUGAGAAGAACUGCAACACGUCCAUGUGCGCGGCCGAUCAGUUCCGCUGUGGAACCGGACGCUGCAUCCGGUUGUCAUGGCGAUGCGAUGGCGAGGACGACUGCUCGGAUCGCAGCGAUGAAGAGGGCUGUGAGAAAACCGAGACGCCUCCCUGCGCUCCGGAUCAGUUCCAGUGUGGCAACGGACGCUGCAUCGGGCAGAGGAAGGUGUGCAACGAGGCCAACGACUGCGGCGACGGCACCGACGAACACCCGCACCACGACUGCCGUCCUCGCUCCAACAAGGGCAACUGUAACCAGAAUAAUGGAGGCUGCGCCCAGAAGUGUCAGAUGGUCCGAGGACUGGUUCAGUGCACCUGCCACACGGGAUACAGACUGACAGACGACGGCAGGAGCUGCCAGGAUGUGGACGAGUGUGCGGAGGAUGGCUACUGCAGUCAGGGCUGUACCAACACAGAGGGGGGCUUCCAGUGCUGGUGUGUCCAGGGCUACGAGCUCCGACCCGACAAGCGCAGCUGCAAAGCUCUGGGUCCAGAGCCGGUGCUGUUGUUUGCCAACCGCAUCGACAUCCGCCAGGUGCUGCCCCAUCGCUCAGAGUACACGCUGCUGCUCAACAACCUGGAGAACGCCAUCGCGCUGGACUUCCACCACAGCCUGGAGCUGGUCUUCUGGUCAGACGUGACGCUGGACCGCAUCAUGAAGGCCAACCUCAAUGGCUCCAACGUAGAGGAGGUUGUGUCCACAGGUCUGGAGAGUCCAGGUGGCUUGGCCAUAGACUGGAUCCAUGACAAGCUGUACUGGACCGACUCCGGCACCUCCCGCAUCGAAGUGGCCAACCUGGAUGGGACGCAUCGCAAGGUGCUGCUGUGGCAGAACAUGGAGAAACCACGAGCCAUAGCGCUGCACCCCAUCGAAGGUAAGAUCUACUGGACCGACUGGGGCAACACGCCUCGCAUCGAGUACGCCAACAUGGACGGCUCCAACCGGCGAGUCAUUGCCGACACACACCUGUUCUGGCCCAACGGCCUCACCAUCGACUACGCCGGCCGCCGUAUGUACUGGGUGGACGCCAAGCACCAUGUGAUCGAGAGGGCCGACCUGGACGGACGCAACCGCAAGGCCGUCAUCAGCCAAGGUAAAGGCCUCCCUCUGACCGCUCGCAGGCUGUGUGUGGUUGGCGUUUCCCUCCCAUGACGCCGUCCUCAGCAGCUCAGGCUGAGGUCAUCAUGGCAAAGCAGCAGGGCUCCGACAACUGUAGGCUGGUGGUGGGAAACGGCUUCACGAGUCUGAAGUUCAGAGACACCAAAUAGAGAAUAAAGAGGCAGCGAAGCCACAGCCGGUCUGACCUGAAGCUGAAGGGCAACUGAAGCGUCCGCCACAGAGCAGAAGACGAGCCGUGAAGCUGAGGAGCGUUUGGAAGGAGAGCAGACGGGGCACGGUGUGUUUGCAGCGCGAGCCCUGUGAGCCUUCGUGUGUGUGUGUGUGUGUGUGUGUGUGUGUGUGUGUGUGUGUGUGUGUGUGUGUGUGUGUGUGUGUGUGUGUGUGUGUGUGUGUGUGUGUGCGUGCGUGCAGUGACACCAUUCAUUGAAUGGAUCCGGCCAGUUGAUCCUGUAGUCGGUCCUGCAGCUGCGUGGGUUAAUGGUUAAUGGGCAGCAGCUCAGUUAAAGUGUUCGCGAUCAAACCAAGUGAAGCCACCGUCCGUCGCCACUCUGCAUCUCAGCAGCCGACUUCCUCUGGACGCUGAGCUGCUUCACUGAUAGACUGCAGGUAGUUGAGACGUGACUCGACCGGGGGUGAAAGGCUGGAGCAGUCGUUUGAUGCCCCGUCUGCCUGCAGCUGCUUCACCAGCUGCUCCAAGGAAUGAGCUGUGGAGGAAUAGGGGCAAAGACAAAGGAAGAAGGUGACCGUGUCAAAGCUGUGGCUGCUUCAGAGGGAGGGAGAGGGUGCAGUGUUGUGUCCCUCAUGCUGGGAUAUACACACGCACACGCACACACACACA